AGAAAUUAAAAUUGUUGAUAUUAUUGAAUAAUUAUUAUUGUUUAUUGAUACAUCCUUUAAUGACUUGUUCAAUUAUUGAUACAAUCAGUUUUCAAUAUUAAUAAUUCAACAAUAACGACAACAAUUUAAAUUUUUGGGUGAUGGUAGUUGGAUAAUUCCAAGAGAGCCUUUUUUUAAUAUUAUAAUGUCGGUUUGAACCCAAAAAUCAAACAAAAGUUGCAUGGAUUUGGAUUUGAGCACAUGUUUGAACAAAAAAUAAAGAUAAGUCAUAUUAAAUUCUUCUUUGCUAUUGUGAUAGAGGCAUAUGAUGUUGAAACCAGGGCCUUUUAAAUUGGCCAAAAUAUACUAUAUUUUAGCCUCGAGGAUGUGUUAAUGAUAACUAGUUUACAAAUUGAUGGUCAACCAGUUAUUUUUGAGUUGAAGGUCCUAGUUUUACAAGCAGUAGAUGUUGUAGAACUUGUUGGGGUCAUCUUAGAGGGUUAUUUUGUUAGUAUUCAAUGUUUGAUUAAUUUUAUCAAUGGUGUUGUUGAGGAUGUGGAGGAGGAGAUAGUGGAUCAUGCAAGUCGAGCAGUAGCUCUUCUUAGCAUAGUAAACAUGAUUUUCCAAGAUGCACGGAAAUGUAAAGUUCACAAGAAUAUGAUCAAUAUUCUUAAUAGGGUAAAGCAAAUAAAAUCUUAUGCUCGGAGAGCUGCAUGUUAGGUGAAUUUUUUUAAAAAGCAUGCAAAGUAGAUAAACAUAUUAACCUAUUUGGUUGUGUCUUUGAGUUAUUAAGAAUCUCUUUAAUGUCUUUUUGAAUUUUUAUAUUUUUAAAAGGCAUUUAUUUGGUUUUAUAAAUAUCUUGAAUUUGAAAAUUUAUUUUGUUUCAUUUUUUUUCGUAGAUAUUUGUCAUCAGUUCAUCACCAAUGUAUUAAAAGUACUCUCAGUUUGUUUUGAUAACUUGUAGUAUUCGGAUGUACAAUCAUUUUCACUCAUGCUAGAAUGGAUGGUGAAAAUUGAAAAGGUCUCAAUUUUUUGAUGGUAAAUGUUGUCUGACUAUGAAAGAGUUAUUGAAGCUCUUUUCAGCGUUAGAUCCUAGUGAUGUAACAUCUACGUUCUUAUCUUCUGAAACUUGCCACUAAAACUUUUUAAGUGUAAUGAAAAAUUAUUUAAAAUCAUUUGUUUCUUUGUUCUUUUCUUAAUUGAUUUGGCAGUCAUACCAAGCUAUCGUGCUCCUUAAACCCUAUACACAUUAGAGGGCUUUAAGUAGGUUGUGGAUCACUGUCCUACUUAAGGAAUAUGUUGUGUACUACCUCCCACAAGUACUACGUCAACAAUAUUUUGAUGGAGAGCCUGCUAGAGAGGAGGAUUGGUUGUCAAAGCUUCCUAUGGUCCCUCUUGAGUAUGAAGUAGCUAGCCCCUCUAUUUUGUUUAUGAGUAUAACAAGUUGGAAUCUGAGGUGGGUAAGAUUAAUAAGUACUUGAUUGCUGAUGCCUAUCAUCCCGACUUAUGAUUUAGAGGCUGUCGUUACACCUGCCAACUAAUUAGAGAUGUCUAACACCCCUAUAGCUCAUUAUUUGGAGGUCAUUGUUAUACCUACCAAUGAACUAAAAAUGCCUAACACCCCUGCAGUUGAUACAUCAACAACAUUUGAUGACAAUGACGGUAAUGGUUAGGAGGGUGAUGAGAAUGAUGGGGAUGAUCAAAAGUUGCCAAGAGUUUUAAGAAGAAUGGAGAAGACAAGUUCAUGGUUCAAAGAUUAUGUAGUGGCUCCGGUUAAAAAGAUUAUGUAAUGGCGUCUAUAAGGGGGGCUCCUAAGCAUAGGAGAGAGGUGAGCUAAGAAUCAAAAUUUUUUAUUACCCAUUUAUCAAAUUUUUUCUGACUCGAAAUUUUGAUCAAAUUAGGUAAAACUAGAUGAGGAAAAUGCAGGGGCUGGUGUUUCAUUAGAGUGUCGAGUGGUUACUAACCUCUCUUUUCUUGCUUCCUUAUUUUUUAGUAGUAGCUAUUUCUAUUUGUUUAUGAAAAUGUUACCAUACUGUAUACCUGUAUUAAUUGUAUGCUAGUAACUUAUGCAUCAUAGGUAUCUACUACUUGGUUUUAUAUACUUGCAAACACUUGCAUCAUAUCUGUAAUAUUUUUCGCUUGCCAUUAUGAAAUGCAUCUCUUAUCUUUCUAACCUUUUGUUUUGCAUCUUCAGUGAUGAUCUUCCUGGGUUAAAUGCAGAAAGGCUGCUUGGUGAGGCACAGGAGAUUGAUUGCAUCAUGGAGAAGUUUGUUGAGCGUUAUUUUAAAUGCAAUCCAAAUGACAAAACUGAUUUUAUUCGAAACAACUGGGGAAUAGAUGAUCGAAAGGAUCUGCCUGAAGGGUAUCUUGGGGCCCUGAGCAGUUUAAGUCAAAGUCAGGAAAAUCAGAUUUUACCUGUCGUUGCAGAUCUGUUUAUCAUGCUGUCACAGAUGUGACAAUAUUGAGCUUAUGGUGCAAGUCUGUUGGGGUCCCACGUUCGCUGCUCUCAGUGUAACCCUUGACCAGAGUGAUGACAGGAUAGCGGCUUCUGAAUGCUUGUAGUGAUUUCGACACGCUGUGCAUGUUAUAGCCGUGAUGGGUAUACAGAUUACAGACUCAGAGGGCUGCUUUUGUUAUAUCUGUUGCCAAGUUUACAUAUCUGCACUGUGCUGCAGAUAUUAGCUGAAAUUAAUGUACGAAUACAACAGAAACUUCAAAUUCCUAAUGAGAACUUUGCCAAUGUACGUUUCUUCUACCCAUGAAUCCCAGGCUUCUGAAUUAAAAAUUGGUUGCAAUGUUGUGUGUUUUACUAGCAAAAAAUGGAAUAUCUUAUUCGAUGUUACUAAACCUUUUAUUUUUAUUAUUAUAUUCGAUGUGGCCUGUGGGAGUUUGCAUUUCUUUCACUUGGGCCGGAACUCAGACAUCGUAUCUAGUAGAUUUCAAGUACAUCCAUUGAACCCCAAUUAAAUUUCUAUGCUUGCUGGAGUUGAAUCAUACCAUUAUUUCAUUUUGUUAA